CAAGAAUACGGAGAAGAAAACACAUUGGAGCUUGCUGUUGGAUGUUGGAUCCGCCUUGAGUCUCAGAAAGGCGGACUAUAAAUGACGUGUUGGUGGGCUUCUGAGGAAACUGUUGUCCAGCCAUGGAGCCAUGGGUAUAUCUGGACCCACGCCAGAGGGCCCUGUAUCGCGAUGUCAUGCAGGAGAGCUACGAGACGCUGAUGUCUCUUGCUGCAGACAAAUUGCUGAACAGCAGUAAUAAUGAUGAAGAGGAGGAGGAAGAGGAGGAAGAUGAAGAGGAGGACGAAGGUCCUGAGGAGUUGCGACCAGGCACAUCUCAAAGCACCCCCAAGCAAGUCAAACCUUUAGCAAGUCGGGCCAGUCCGAAGCAACAGAAAAUACCCGCUGUGGUUAAGAAGCAGGACAAGGCCACCCAGCGGGGCCACGCACUGAAGAAAAGCCUCGAGAGUCGAUGCUCAGACUGUACCAAGAGCCUGAACCCCCCCACUGGCAGGGGCCGGCAGAAAAGUGAGGCCAAUGCUGCUCGAGAGAAGCCUUUCCAGUGUACAGACUGUGGGAAAAGCUUCAUCUGGAGCUCACACCUGGAGCGCCACCGGAGAAUGCAUACUGGGGAGAAACCCUUCAAAUGCCUCAACUGUGGGGAAGCCUAUAGCCAGAACUUCCACCUCUUGCAACACCGGUGCUCCCAACUGAUUGAGAAGCCCUUCAAGUGCCAGGACUGUGGCAAACGAUUUGCCCAAAGCUCUGCCUUGGAGAACCAUCGCAAGGGCCACACGGCGGAGAAGCCCCACAAAUGUACCGACUGUGGGAAGUGUUUCAUCUGGGCCUCCCACCUGGAGAGACACCGCCGAGUGCAUACUGGAGAGCGGCCUUUCAAAUGUCCCGAGUGUGGGGAGACUUACAGUCAGAGUGCGCAUCUGGCCAAGCACCGGCGCAACCACAUGGGGGAGCGGCCUUAUAACUGCCCGGCCUGUUGGAGGAGCUAUGCGCAGAUCUCAGAACUGGAGGAACACAAGAAAACCCACUUGGGCUGUGAGGACUGUGGGAAGGUCUUCCGCAGCAGACAGACCUUGAUGCGGCACCAGCGAGGGCACCGUCGUGAGCGCACUCACCUUUGCGAAGAGUGUGGGAAAGGGUUUGUGUGGGCCUCCCACCUGGAGCGCCACCGUAGGGUGCAUACCGGGGAGCGCCCUUUCCCUUGCCCCACCUGCGGGGAGAAGUUUGCCCAGAAAGUUCAUCUCCUUCAGCACAACAAGACGCACUCACAUGCGCGUCCCUAUAAGUGCGGGGACUGUGACAAGCGCUUUGGGGACAGUUCGGCUUUUCUGGCCCAUCAGCGAGGUCAUGCCAUGGAGAAGAACCACAAGUGCCAGUACUGUGGGAAAAGUUUUGCUUGGAGCUCUCACCUCGAGAGGCAUCAAAGAAUCCACACAGGGGAGAAGCCCUUCAAAUGUCCUGAUUGCCCUGAGCACUUCAGCCAGACCUCCCAGCUCUUCAAACAUCAGCGCAUCCAUCUGGGCAAGAGGCCCUAUAAGUGCAGUGAGUGUGGCCGUAGCUUUGGCACCACUCUGGAACUCCUCAUUCACCAGCGGACCCACAUGGGUGGCAAGCCCUACAGGUGCUCUAGCUGUGGGAAGGGGUUCACCCGCCGGGCCAACCUCUUGAAGCAUCAACGGUGUCAUGUAAAGGAGUCCCCAUAGGAGGUAUCCAGCCUGGCCUAGGGAAUGAAUUAUCCCAUAGUAAUAAUCUAAAAACCACACAAUCAAAGUCCCUUUUUUUUGGUAUGUUCUGUUUAUGGGGAAGCUCCCAUACUUACCCACCUCUCGCAACAGCACUGGAUAAAACCUGCACGUGGUUGAGGAUUCUUUGCGGAAACACCCUAUACAGAUGAGGAGGUCUUCUAAAUGCCUUGAUGGUUAGAUGUGGCUGACACAUCACAUUUUUGAAAAGCUAUCUAGGUGACAGUGACCCUGUGCAUUGGGAACUGAUUCCGAUUUAGUGUCUAGAGAAUCCAUAUGGAUGACUUAUUCACAUUUUUUUUCUUUGACACUGUACAUAUAUACCCUCAUUUUGGGAAAAAGCUUUACUGAUCAUCCCUUUAUUACACAUUGGGAGAACCUGCCUGGAUUAGACCAACUCCUUCCUCCUUUUCCUUCAUCGUUUUUAACCCUCGAUAUUAAAGCUUUAACAAACGCCGAGGACUGACCUCCAGACCUUAAAUGCCUGACUGAGGUGGACUCGAACUUUACUAGAUGGUUAAGGAAUCCACAUUGGGGGGGGGGGGAAUGAAACCAUGUAGGCCUCUUGAAUGUGGAGAGAAGAAAGCUUUACUGACUUAUUCACCUCAAAGAAUCUGAACGUUGGAGGUCCUGUGCAAAUCCCCUGAGCAGGGAUGCUGAAUUGCAUUGAGAGAGUCUCACAGGGUGGUGCGGCGCCGAAGCUGCAGCAAUAGCUAGCCACACUCUGUGCUUCAUCUAGCAACGCCGUAGAUGAAUGGGGAAUUUCGGUUGGUUUCUUGUGGCUCUGGGAGUCUCAGCUGCUCGGUACAGUUUGCAAGGUGAUUUGGAGAGUAGGAGUUCCUAUGUCUUUUUCUUGAACUGGAAGAGCUGGAGACACUGUGCCCAUCUAAGCCUCUGCUGUAUAGACUGGGAGGUUGGGCCCGUAAGCCCCUCUUCAGCUGGGCAGCGCGCUUGGUGCUCUUAUCCCUUGACUGGGGUUUUUCAUUUGGUCAGAGGCGUGGGUGUGUAAUGGGACGAUCUGAUUACCAAGGAAAUGGAGAUGCCGAUGUGAAGAAAGCCACCUGGGUUUGGGGCAGAGGAUACCAAGGGUGCCAUGUAGUUAGGGAUAGAAAACGGGAGAGGCUCAAGGAGGGAUUGAGCUUUUGGAAUGGGGAAGCAGUUAGUCUGUGCUUCCGGGGGAGGAGGAGGGCAGCACAGGGUUGGAAGGUCAGAUCUGGAACAUGAAGAAUGUUAAGCUCCUAGUCCCCAUGUUUCGUGUGUGUAGUGGCAGCACUGGGUUUCAAAACCAGCCCUGCACUAGCCUUUGUGUUUAAAAACAAAAAUCAGUUUCUGAGUGACGGCAUCAUCUGUAUUGGUGCCUAAACAACCAGGCAUUUGGGAUUUUGGGGGUGUGUGGCUUUAAAGAAUCGAGGAAAGGAAGAGUUUUUUUUUAAAAGGGGAGAUCUGCCUUUGCUGUGCUUUCCUUUUUCAUUUUUUUGGGAUGGAGGGUGACUGGAGUAUGAGGGUUAAAGAAACAGAUCGCAAGUCUUACCUAGAGAAAGGCAGACUAGUGAUGCAACUGAAGGCAGCUAAAAUCUUUCAUUUGCUGGGAUUGGAAAUAGGGACUCCUGUUUUGCAGCGUAGGGCUAACCUAUGGGAUUCACUGCUGUAAUCCCGGGGUGGGGGGUGGGCAGUAGCGGCUGGCUGACAGCUUGACUCAGCUCUGCAGGGUGGUGCAGACAGUGCUGGGGUGGGAAGGGGGGCAGGUGAGUGAUGACUACUGACCAUGAUUGCUCGGUGCGUGAGGGAGAGGAGCAGAACUUGGGUUACCAGCAAAGAAACCUCCCCUUUAAGUUCUUGAUGGGCUGCAAUAAGGGUCCGGGAGAAGGAUCUCUGACCGCUACGACUGUUGAACUGACUGAUCUGGCUACUGUGCCCUCCCCACCCCUCCCUUCCCCUCCUAACACCUACCUCAGAAUCCUGCUUCCAGGAUGCCGGACUGAAAGAGGCAAUCCCUCCCUUCCCCCGGGCUUCCCUGGCUUGCAGGAAGAACCCUCCUCCUCCUCCUCCUCCUCCUCCUCUUUCACCUGCUGCUGCACCCACAGGCUUCAGAUCCACCCUGCCCUCUUGCCCCACAGCAAGUCAGUCGGCAGCUGCCUGUUAGGGAAGCCUUGCUCUCUGGCCUCCUCUGGCGUUGGGUGCUCCGCUUCUGUCGCUGUGUCUGCCUCUGUGUUUCACAACCAGCCCCUCUGCCUGUUCCACCCGUUCUUUAGCAGAGGCGUAUUUUACUUUAUCGCUUUUUGAGAGUACCUGUUUUGAAACAACAUGUUUCGCUUUUGUUUUUUCUCCUUUUUAUCCAAAGCGAGUAUUGUGGUUUGUUUUUUUUCCUGUUUAGGGUUCUCUUUCUUCCCGCCCUUUCCCUGAAAUGACCUAUAGAGAGAAAGUUUCUAAGCUUUGAUUUCUUUGUUGUUGGUUAGGAGUAAUAAAGUUAAAUAAAGAAAACCUUGUAGUGUGUGCA